AUGCCUCGCAGCUCCUCCCUCGCGCCCCGCCACCUUGUCGCCGUUGUCGGACCUCGCCGCCGCUGCCUCACCUCGCCCCCGAGCCGACCCCGACGCCCGUCCGCGCUGCCUCGUCCCCUCUGCCCCGAUCUGGAACUCGGGCUCGGCUCCGACGCCAUCGCCGCUCGGAGCCCUCCUCGCCGGAGCCACGACGCCGCCGGACCGCGUCCUCAUCCCCGCCCCGACCUCGUCGUCGGACGCCGCUCACCGGAGCCGCUCCGCGACGCCUCGCUCCUCCGUCCCCGCCUCUCCCUCGUCGGCCUACGGCAAGGCACGCCGACCGGAUCGACCGUCGCCGCCGACUGGGAAGACCACGCCGGACGCCAUCGCCGCUCCUCCCCUGCGUCGCCGUCGAUCCGCGCCACCGCGACCUCCCUGGAGCUCCACGAGCCUCGCCCCCGUCGUCCUCUUCUCCACUCCGUCGUCGAGCGUCCACGUCCUCCUCCCCAAGGGUCGCCCCCGAGCCUCGACGCCCUUGUGCCCCUGCAAACGCCGGUGAGGCCCCCGGCCUCCCUUCCCCUCUGUUACUCGCGUCGUCCCGCUGACGUUCACGCGCCGCCCGGUGCCCGUGCUCGCGGUGAGCACACGCGCACCCGCGCGCUAGCCUCGCCUGUUGCCCGCACCGUCGUCCGCCCCGGCGCGCUCCGCGCUCGGCCGCGCCGCGGCUCACGCCCGCGGCCACCUCCGGCGCUCCAGCGCCCGCCAUGCCCCUCCCUUUUGCCCCGCCGUGGCGUCACCGCUGCCAGGCCGGCGCCGCGCCGGCGUUUUCCCCCUCGCCGUGACCCCGACUGGCCACGUCCAGUUCGGGUGCCCGCACCCGCAGCGCCCGCUUCCCCUGUGCCCGUUAAGGCCCUGGGCCAUUGGACAGUGGGGCCCCGCCCCUAA